GGAAGGAUGGACUGUUACAUUGAAUCAAUUACAAGUCGCGCUGGUUGAAACCCCAUUACCAAGCCUAGCAGUGGAAGUGGAAACAACGGGACAUAUGCUUCUCCUUACCCCAUAGAAUGUUCUUGCUUUGCGGAUUAUCAUUGUAAGAAGACUAGAAACAUACAUCGAGUAAAAAACAAAAACGAAUGAAGCAUCUAGAUCAAUUUUAACUAAUUCAAACUUUUCUCUUAAAAAGGAAAAAUUAAGAAGAAACAGGGAUUCUAAAGGUUCUGCAGCAAGAUCACGCCAGCAUGGCUGUCUUCUUGAAGACAUUCCUGAUUCUGGGAUGUCUCUUGAUUGAGAUCUCUACAGGUCCCCAGGCAGUUGACUGUGAACAGCUGAUGCCUGUCAUUUACCCUGAUAAAGAUGAACUCAUUGUGCAGCCCCACUCUUCAAUCAAUCUGAGCUGCUCUGGAGAAAGCGAGCUGAGCUGGGACGCCCCUGUCUCACUGAAAGAUGUCACUCUGGUAGAAGAACUUGUGAACACUGGACACUUCAUCACAUCUCUGCAUGUACAGAAUGCCUCUGCUUCACAUACUGGAUUCUACACCUGCACGUAUGCACCAUUAGAUAAUAACAGCGAGGAGGUGGAUGGGAGCUCAGUGUACAUUUUUGUUCCAGAUCCAGCAGUGGCUUUCCUUGUCCAAGAAGAUCCACUCAGUAAACAUGUUCUUCCAAGUCCCUUUGGUAUGGAAAUUCCGUGCCGUGUAUCUGAUCCGCGGACACAUGUAACCCUCGCCAAUGCAGAUACAGGCAUUGAGGUGGACAGCCAGUAUGACAACAAAAGAGGCUUCAUCGGGAUCUUCCCUCCUGGAACCUACAUUUGUAAAACCACUGUCAAUGGAGUGAAAACUCAAAGUGAAGAAUAUAUAGUCCACGACGAAAAAGUCCUUUCAGAGCUUUCCAAACUCCAUGUUGAACUAGAGGUACAUCAGGCAGUGCUGAAGGAAGGAGAGCAUAUCUCUUUAACUUGCAUAGUCAGUGGGGACCACAUGUUCCAGCAGGACUGGCAGUACCCUGGGAAACAGGCUGGCAGAGGAGUGCAGGAUGUGAAGAAUAUGCAAGAUGGUGAGGUGCGGUACACGCUGAGUAUUCCUCGAGCCUCUGUGAAAGACACUGGGGAUUACAAAUGUUCUGUAACACAAAUGCAGGACGAGACAAUAGUGAGAACGAAGAACAUUACUGUUUAUGAGAAAGGAUUUAUAACUUUGGUUCCCACGUUUGGCCAAAUAGAAUAUGCAAACUUAUAUGAUGACAAGGAACUCACUGUGAACAUUGACGCUUACCCAGCACCAAAGGUGACUUGGUUUAGGGACAAUGUUGCGGUCAAUGGAGACUAUGCAGUGACAACCCAUAUAAGUGGAAUCAGGUAUCAAAGUACUCUGAGACUGAUUCAUGCAAAAGAGGAGGCCAUUGGAAACUAUACUAUUAAGGUUGAGAAUGAAAAUAAGCAAACUAGUUUUACCUUUUCUUUACGGGUGAAAGGCCCUCAUUUACCUCUGCGCCAGCAAGCUUUGCCAGUAAUCUCUCCCCAUAAAGAGGAACUCAUUGUGCAGCCUCUAUCCUCAUUCAAACUGAGUUGCUCUGGAGAGAGCGAGGUAGCCUGGGAUACCCCUGUCGAAGAGAGUCAGGCCAUUCUUGAGGAGGAAGAAGACAACAGUGGACUCUUUGUGACGUCUCUUACCGUACAGAAUGCAUCAGCUUCCAAUACAGGAUACUACUCCUGUUAUUACUCAGCAGUGAAUAACACAGAGGACACUAACCAGGACAAGAGUUCCAUUUACAUUUAUGUUCCAGAUCCAGCAUCUCCUUUUAUUCCCCCUCUAAAACAAUUUAGUCAACACGUUCCUGCAACCUAUGAGGACAUGGAAAUCCCUUGCCGUGUAACUGACCCAUAUUUAAAUGUUACCCUGACCAAUGCAGACACAGGUUUGACAAUGUCCAGCCUGUACGACAGCAAAAGGGGCUUCAUUGGGGUCUUUCCUGAAGGGACCUAUGUAUGUGAAACCAUCAUUAAUGGCGUGGAAGUCAUGAGUGAAGAAUAUAUAGUGCAUGGCUGGAGAGAAACCUCUGAACUUCACGUUAAGUUGGAGGCUCCAAAAACAGUUGUUAUCGAAGGGGAACCUAUCAUCAUUACCUGUGUAGCCAGAGGGAGUGAGAUGCUUGAGGACCACUGGAAGUACCCUGGGAAACUGGCUAACAGAGGACUGAAGACUGUAAAGGAAAACAAGAAGGAUGUUGAAAUACGGUACACUCUGAGUAUCCCACAGGCCUCUGUGAAGGACAGUGGGCUCUAUGAGUGCUCCAUUACCCAUGUGAUGAGUGAUGAGAUACAAGUCAAGAAGGUCACCAUCACAGUUCACGAGAAAGGAUUUAUCACUUUGGACCCUAAGUUUCCCAAAACUGAAUAUGCAGACUUACAUGAAGUAAAGGAAUUUAAAAUGAACAUCAAAGCUUACCCUGAUCCUAAAGUGACUUGGUUUAAGGACAGUGUUGUACUGAAGGAAGACAACACAGAAAUGACCAGCACCAAGACAGAAAUCAGUGAAACCAGAUAUCAGAGUACCCUGACGCUCAUUCGUGCAAAAGAGGAGGACAGCGGCAACUACACCAUUUUAGUCCAGAAUGGAAACGAGAGUGUUAGUUACUCAUUUUCCUUGCAAGUGAAAGUUCCAGCAGCCAUAGUGGAUCUGAUGGAUGUUCACCAUGGUUCCAACAGUGGACAGUCAGUGGUGUGCAUAGCUGAUGGGUCACCUACGCCUCAAGUUGAAUGGUUCAUUUGCAAGAACAUCAAACAAUGUGCUAAUGAUUCAUCACAGUGGACUCCACUGCCCGUAAAUUCAAGCGAUAUCACUGUUGAGACCCAUCUAGAUGAAGAGAACAAGAUUGAAAGCGAAGUGAUAUUUGCCAGGCUAGAGGAUACUUUGGCAGUGAAGUGUCUAGCUAAGAAUGAGCUUGCUGCAGUGGCCCGAGAAGUGAAACUCGUGUCGCAUGCAGCUUUACGCUCUGAGUUAACAGUGGCUGCUGCAGUGCUGGUCCUGCUGGUCAUUGUCAUCAUCUCACUGAUAGUGCUCGUCAUUAUCUGGAAACAGAAACCCAGAUAUGAGAUUAGAUGGAGGGUGAUUGAGUCCAUCAGCCCCGACGGCCAUGAAUACAUCUACGUGGAUCCCAUGCAGCUGCCCUACGACUCUAGAUGGGAGUUUCCUCGUGAUGGACUUGUGCUCGGCCGAAUCCUUGGGUCUGGUGCUUUUGGCAAAGUGGUAGAAGGAACCGUAUAUGGGUUGAGCCGUUCACAGCCAGUGAUGAAAGUUGCUGUAAAAAUGCUGAAGCCCACAGCAAGAUCCAGUGAGAAGCAAGCCCUCAUGUCUGAACUAAAGAUAAUGACUCACCUGGGGCCCCAUCUAAACAUUGUCAACUUGCUGGGAGCAUGCACUAAAUCAGGUCCUAUUUACAUAAUUACUGAAUACUGCUUUUAUGGAGACCUGGUUAACUAUCUGCAUAAGAACCGUGAAAACUUCUUAAAUCGACACCCAGAGAAAGUGAAGAAGGAUCUCGAUAUAUUUGGCAUCAACCCUGCAGAUGAAAGCACUAGGAGCUAUGUGAUCUUGUCUUUUGAAAACAAAGGAGACUACAUGGACAUGAAGCAAGCUGAUACAACACAGUACGUGCCAAUGCUGGAGAUGAAGGAUGAUUCAAAGUAUUCUGACUUCCAAAGAUCAAAUUAUGAUCACCCACCUUCACAUAAGCAGAAAUCACUAACUGAUACUGAAGUAAACAAUUUGCUGUCAGAUGACAGCAGUGAAGGUCUCACUGUAAUGGACCUGUUGAGCUUUACAUACCAGGUGGCGAGAGGCAUGGAGUUCUUGGCUUCCAAAAACUGUGUUCAUCGUGAUUUGGCUGCAAGAAAUGUCCUGCUGUCUCAAGGAAAGAUUGUGAAAAUCUGUGAUUUUGGGUUAGCUAGAGACAUCAUGCAUGACAAUAACUACGUUUCUAAAGGCAGUACUUUCCUCCCGGUGAAGUGGAUGGCACCUGAAAGCAUUUUCGACAAUAUGUACACAACGCUGAGCGAUGUCUGGUCUUAUGGCAUCUUGCUGUGGGAAAUCUUUUCACUAGGUGGAACCCCAUAUCCUGGAAUGGUGGUGGACUCCAGCUUUUACAACAAAAUCAAGAGCGGCUACAGAAUGGCAAGACCUGAACAUGCAAACAACGAAGUGUAUGAGAUGAUGAUGAGGUGCUGGAGCAGCGAACCAGAAAAGAGACCCUCCUUCUGCAGCCUGAGUGACACUGUGGCGUCUUUGUUACCUGUGGAAUACAAGAAGAGCUAUGAAAAGGUGAACCGUGACUUCCUGAAGAGCGACCACCCUGCUGUUACCCGAAUGAAAGCGGAAACUGAAGACGCUUACAUCGGUGUCACGUACAAAAAUGAAGAUAAGCUUAAGGACAGGGAGAGUGGGUUCGACGAGCAGAGACUUAGCUCUGACAGCGGCUACAUCAUCCCGCUGCCAGACCUGGACCCUAUCUCAGACGAUGAGUACAGCAAGAGGAACCGGCACAGCUCCCAGACGUCUGAAGAAAGUGCCAUUGAGACAGGUUCCAGCAGUUCCACAUUCAUCAAGCGGGAGGAUGAAACGAUUGAGGACAUUGAGAUGAUGGAAGAUAUGGGGAUGGAUUCAUCUGACCUGGCUGAGGACAGUUUCUUGUAAUCUCAGAUUAAUUCCAUAUCUGAAAAGGAUUUGCCAAAUAACAAUUCAGAGGACUUAUUUUUUUUGACCAAAAACACAAGUAACUAUAAUAAUAGUCAUAAUGAUAACCACUUCGCUGCAUUGAUGAGAAUGCAAAAGAGAGGUGGUACAGUAUUUUGAAAAGCAGAGUUCAAGCAGAAAAGAAAGGGAAUCCCAACAAGACAAUAUGAAUUUAUGAAACAUAUCAAGCUCACGCAUGUAUUGUGGGCUUCUUUCUCUGGUACUCUAGUAUGUUGCUUUCUACAGGGAAUGCUUCAAAGAUGAAGGGGAACACUGCCAAAAAAGACUUUCCAUGUUUUAUGGGCAUUUGUUUAGAUAGAAACACAUCAAGAAACAUCAACGGGAUAUAUUAUCACUUGUGUUCAACAAAAAAUGUAUAUCAUGUCUUUUGUCUUUAAAACCACUAAGGUUGUGCUGGACAAUGAGGUGGUCCUUGGAGUGAUGCAAAAAGGUACAAAGUCUGCUUUAAAACAGCCAACCCACUAACAAUGUAUGGAUAGAAUUUAGGAAGCAGACUGAAUCUUAUCUAGAGAGUUUUCUCAUGUCACAGAGCUUGUGGUAGCUUUUCUGUUUUUGUAGAUUUUAGAGGUAUAUUGCAAAUUUUCAUUAGUACAAUAGUCAUCAGUUUCAUGAAUAGCAGUACCUGGUAAAGCACAACAGUGAAUUUAUUAAGUGUUUUGUUUGUGGUAUAAUGUCGUCAGCAGCUAAAGGUGUGGAGAGGUCAUUUAAAAAAGAAAUGACUACCAUAUUAAGUAUAUAUUUUUUAUGGUGAAUAUCUAGUGAUUGGGCAAAAGCUACAAUUGUAGAACUACAAGUUAUGAAAUCAUAAAUACCCAAUUAAAACUUUAAGCAAUAACACAUAAAGGAGACCACUGACUUUCUACCACCUUGCAGUCCAAUAAGACGACCUAAAACUUUGUUUAUUCUGCAUCUCGAAAGAUGUACGACUCAUAUUUAUGUCAACAAAAUAGCUCUUAUUAAGUAGCUCUGAAGUCCAAAAAUAAGUUGUAAAGGGACCAAUCAGAGUAUCUGAUUACCUAGAAAAAAAGAAAUGUUUUGGUGUAUGGUAGUCUGAGUUUCACAAGCUAUGUUAGGUAUAAAACAAUAUACCCAAAUAAAUGGUCAUGUGAAACUGCUGUUUUGUACAAAGAUCAUUUUUUUUUAUGUAAAUAUUUUUAUGGACAUGGCUAAACAAUUUAUACGAGAAUGCUACAUUUUGCAAAGUUUCUGUAUACCAAGUUUAUGUUCUGUAUGAAGGAAUAUGGGUUUAAAUGGGUUCCCUUCCCAGAUGUCCCUUCUCAAGAAUUAUGUAUGAAAUCAAAGAGGCCAAGUGUCCUCUUAACAUUAGAAUGAGGCCUAUGAGUCUAAAAUGUGGAAUAAACCUGUAUAGAUAAAUAUUUUACCUAAUGAAGGACAUUAGAUGAAUAUAUCAUGAUGUUAUACAUCAAUUUGUACAUAUGUAUUUCUUAUAUAGUCUUUUAAAAUACUGCCUAAACAUUAUGUCUAGCUGUAUCACUGCCUUUGUUUAUAAUGUGUUUGACUGUGAUGUACUCCACAGGCACGUUAAACUGUUGCACUUUUUUUUUGUCUUUUUUUCCCUGAAACUUUUAUUUAACAUCACAAAACAGUUUCCGAAAUACCAAUGUUUUGAAUGGUGAGAUGGAGUGGAAAGGAAAAGUGUUGUGAAACAUCUGUUAUAAAGGUACAAUUACAUGUAACCCCAUACCCCUUUUUUAGUUUUUUUUUCAAAAAUAUACAAUAUGUAAAUUCAGAUGUUCUAUAUUUCAAUAAAUGAUAUAAAAAGUGA